GCGCGAUGAAGUGAGAAGUGUGUAAGAGUGUGUGUGUGUGUGUGUGUGUUGGAAAGUUUUCCCAUCUUCCGGCAUUGCACAGGCUCUCUUUUUAAAACCUGAGCUGAGAAUCGAGUUGGUAAGGAAGCGGCAGCGCGUUACAACUUCAGCAAACGCCGAUUUACCAGAAAGCUUAAACAGGUUGAGAUGGAACCCAUGGACACUAUCAACAUGUCCUUCUUGACUGACUCAGAGCGGGAUCUGAUCUUACUGGUGCUUCAACGUGAUGAAAUGCUGAGACGGGUAGAGGAACAGCGGGUUAAAAAACUGAAAGCAGAUUUGUUGGACAUUAGGAGGAAGGGAGCAAAACGCAGCAGUGGCAACUACAGUAAGCACAGCUGUGGACGAUGUCAGGAGCCCCUGGGUCGUCUAUCUGCCAACUCCAACCAAUGCCCAGUGUGCAAACACCAAGUGUGCCAAAACUGUCGCACUGUCCGAGCCAAAGGGUUCUGGCAGUGUAAUGUAUGUGCUAAAGAGGCAGACAUAAAGAAGUCUACAGGCGACUGGUUCUAUGAUGAGAGGGUUAACCGUUUUUCCACAGCUCCUGGACAUGACCUAGUCCGAGCCUCAAUCAGGAAGCGGACACCAAGUGCCAUCCCAGCAAAGAAGCGUGAAACUACAGGAGAAGUGUUGUUAACCAGUCCAGAGUUGAACCCCACUCAAAGUUUACCAGUACCAAAGCCCCGACUGAAGGAUCUUGCUCUGGAAAACAAAAGCCCAUCAAGUGAGAAUCUGCACAAGAGCGACACCGACUCAUCUGAAAAUACCAGCCUUAGCAGUAGCCAUGCUCACAAUGACUCUUUCUCCAGUACUCAAUCAACACAGAGGAACGAGGUGGUGAACAAGUUGAGCGAAACAGGUUCCAGUGAGUCAGGUGUGCCCUCUCCUACUAAAACCCACAGUCCUUCUGGAUCCUCUGUAGCCACUGAGACUGCAUCUUUAGUUCAUCAAAUUCAUAUAUCGGAGACUUUAAACGAUGACAAUGAUGGCCUUUUCAAGAAAAGUGUUAGAAGAGUGCACAAGAUAUCAGAUUUUAAGCCAGCUUCUGUAAUGGAUGUACGCUAUAAUGAGACUGAGAACACUGCAGCCUCCAUGGGAGACAGAAGCAAGUCAGUUCCAGGUCUAAACAUAGAUGAAGAGGAGGAGGAAGAGGAUAUUGAUAACUUGGUCAGCAUUCACAGAAGGACUGUGGGUGACGGCAACACCAGUCUGCGUGCCUCCAAUAGCACAAUUGGCAGUAUGAUGAGCGUGUACAGUGAGGCAGGGGAUUACGAUAUUGUGGACGUCAGUGGGGAUAUUGUCUUCUCCCUCCAUUAUGAUGAGAACAAGCAGAGCUUUUCCAUUCUGGUUAAAGAGUGCAGAGGAUUGGCUUAUGCUGACUCUGCCAAAAAGAAGUGUAACCCAUAUGUCAAAUGUUACCUCCUACCAGACAAAUCUCGUCAGAGCAAGAAGAAAACAGCUAUCAAGCGCAACACCAUCAGCCCUAGCUACAAUGAGACAUUAAAAUACUCCAUCAGUCGCUCCCAGCUGAUGUCUCGUACCAUCCAGCUAUCAGUGUGGCAUUAUGACCGUUUUGGACGCAAUGCUUUCCUCGGGGAGGUGGAGAUACCACUGGACUGCCAGGAUAUUGAUUCAGGCCAAGAGGAGUGUGUGGCACUUAAAGGAAAGAUGGGUAACUCGUUGAUACCAGCAGCUUUUUCCCAGUACAAAGGAGAACUAGUGAUUACUCUAAAGUAUGUCACAGAGACAAAGGCAGCUGGAGAAAAGCCCAAAGGCAAAAAGGCCAAAGUAGAGGGUGGUGGAGAGCUGCACGUGUUAAUUAAGGAGGCUAAGAAUCUUUGUGCAAUGAAAGCAGGGGGCACAUCCGAUUCCUUCGUGAAAGGAUAUCUGCUGCCGUCUACAGCCAAGUCAACCAAGAAGAAGACGCAGGUGGUAAAGAAGACGGUGAACCCACAUUAUGAUCACACAUUUAUUUACAAAGAUGUGUGUCUGGAGCAGCUAAAGGGCAUGUGCCUGGAGCUCACAGUCUGGGACCGAGAAGCCUUGUCCAGCAAUGAUUUCCUGGGAGGGGUGCGUUUGAGCUCAGGGGCAGUGCGACUGAAGGAGGGGAAGAAGGAGUGGGUGGCUGACUCAACCGGAGAGGAAGUGUCUUUGUGGCAGAAGAUGAUGCAAUUCCCAGAUUCAUGGGCAGAGGGCAGUCUCCCCCUGCGUUCUUCCAUGAGCAAGUGAAAGCAAGGACUCUGGCAAUGGUCCUAGAUAAGUCAGGGCCACGUGGGUUGGUAUUGCUUUUAGUUAAUACUUCAGAGAAAACACUUCAGUUUUUAAUAUUAUAAACUGUAUAAUCAGCAUGAACUUAAACCAGGAGAGCACCCAUUGUUUUCCAUUUAGUACAGGCCAGUUUAACCAGAGAAAUGAACUGGAUUUGAGCUUAUGGGUGCAAUUCAGUGCAUGCAUGCUCCAUUUUCUUUUUAUAUACAGAGAUCUGCAAAUCUGCAAUAUUGUUACAUUUUUAUAUGAAAAAAGAAAAUGCUGAAUCAAAAAUUCUGCAAAAAAAAUCUUUGACAUUCCUCUUGAAUGAGUACAGUUUCAUCAUUCAGAUUUUUGUCUAGAAAGCUGUAAUUAUUUACUGCUCAAUUGCACAAAUCUCAGUUACUGUAGGUCCUGACUAAGAGGCAUGCAUAUUAAAAAUAGUUAUAUACAAUUCACAAUAAAUAUUAUAGUAUUUUGCA